UCCUCUGACGUCUCCAUGGCAACGGCUUCUAGUGUUGAUCAUCCCAAGAUGGCGGACGAGGAGAAAAGCACGUCGCUUCUCACUCCUGCUGAGGCCAAGAAACGCCGUGCACCCAAAGCUCCAGAGCUUCCCAUUGUGGAGAGGAGAAACUGGCUCAUCCACCAGCACUACAUCCGCAAGGAUUAUGAAACCUGCAAGGUGAUCAUCAAAGAGCAGCUGCAGGAGACUAAUGGCAUGUGUGAAUACGCCAUAUAUGUUCAAGCAUUAAUCUUGCGUCUUGAGGGUAAGAUCCAGCAGUCCCUGGAGCUGUUUCAGAGCUGUGCCAUCCUUAAUCCCAGCAGCACCGACAACCUCAAGCAAGUGGCCCGAUCCCUGUUUCUUCUGGGGAAGCACAAAGCAGCUAUUGAGUUCUAUCACGAAGCUGCAAGGCUCAACGAGAAAGACUGGGAGAUCAGUCAUAAUCUGGGCAUGUGCUACUUCUUCAUCAAAGACUUCAAGAACGCUGAGGAGCACCUGAACAUCGCUCUCCAGAUUAAUAAACACGACAAGACGUUCAUGAUGCUGGGGAAGGUCCACCUGCUGGCCGGAGAAACCGACAAGGCCAUCGAAGUCUACAAAAGAGCAGUGGAAUUCUCUCCAGAGAACACGGAUCUCCUGACUACUCUCGGGCUGCUGUUUCUGCAGCUCGGGAAAUACCAAAAAGCAUUUGAGCACCUCGGGAACGCCCUCACUUUUGACCCCAACAAUUAUAAGGCCAUCCUGGCUGCAGGCAGCAUGAUGCAGACCCACGGUGACUUUGAUGUGGCCAUGAACAAGUACAGAGUUGCAGCUUGUGCCGUGCCCGAGAGCCCUCCUCUCUGGAACAACAUCGGCAUGUGCUUCUUUGGCAAAAAGAAAUACGUCGCUGCCAUCAGCUGCCUGAAGCGAGCCCACUACUUGUCUCCUUUUGACUGGAAAGUGUUGUACAACCUGGGACUGGUCCACCUGACCAUGCAGCAGUACGCCUCCGCCUUCCACUUCCUCAGCGCAGCCAUCAAUCUGAACCCACGGAUGGGGGAGCUCUACAUGCUGCUGGCAGUGGCUCUGACCAACCUGGAGGACGUGGAGAACGCCACCAGAGCGUAUGAACAAGCUGUGACUCUGGACGAAUCGAACCCUCUGGUAAACCUGAACUUUGCAAUCUUCCUCUAUAAUCACGGCGACAAGAAGGGAGCUCUGGAUCAAUAUCAGGAGAUGGAGAGGAAAGUCAACCUGCUUCGAGACGGCAGCAGCAACUUUGAAUUUGAUUCUGAGCUGAUGGACAUGGCUCAGAAGAUGGGAGCUGCCCUGCAGGUAACAGAAAGUCUGGUGUGGACCAAACCAGGCAAAGACUCUAAAUCCAAACCAAGUUCAGCAGCGUCCACCAAAACCCCUGGAGCUCCUCUGGGUAUGAACCAGGCCCUGGGUCAGGCCAUGUCCUCAGCAGCAAGCUACAGCAAGAACAUCCAGCUGCCAACAGGUGUUUCCAAAAACCCCUCCACAGCCCCGGACCUGGAGCCCGAUGUGGAAGACGCCCCCAGUCCACCCAGCGACCCCCCAGGAUCCCCAGAACCUGUAGAACCAGACGAGUCCAAACCCAGAAGCUCCAAGAGGAGAUCUAAGGUGGAGGAAUGAGUUUAAAGAGCGGCUCCACGUGUUCAUCUCAUCACUCUCAUGUUUUAGAGGGAAAUCCUUUACCAAGCUGCUGUGUUUGUGCUUUUCUAGCUCAUUGUAGUUUACAUGAAGCUCUGGGUUGUAGAAACAGAAACUUCAUCUACUUUCCACUGAAAAGGGCAAGGUUCCAUCUGUCAUGUUUAUCUGCAUCACUUCCUGUCACUUUGAACCAAACCUCUGAGGUAACAGAGGGAUUUUUGUACUUGUCUGCAGAUGUGGCAGGUUGGAAAAGAACGUCUCUUUUCAACAAAAACCGUAGGUGGAGUCGUUAAUAUCUAGAUGAGCAAUAAAGUUCUGGUGUUGGCAUUCCUAAACGCUCCAGAAGGAAGCGCUGAGACAAUCACUGCUGGAACGAGAAGCUCUGAAUGUUUGUACGAUAGGACCCGAGUGUAAAUAGAGAAACAGGUUUUUAUAUGUUGAUGAAUGUUACGUUUAUAGAGAGUUCUGUAUUUAAGAUUAAAAAAGAGACUUUAAAUGAAA